AGCACCACCAAUUAAGAACCUGCGCGCACGAAUAAUAAGCCCCUCCCACAUUCUCAUCUGAGCCGGCGGCGACCGCUCGCUAUAUAUCCCUUCUUCUCGCCAAACAUCUCCAAGCCAUUCUUUCAGAGAUACAUCGAAGCACCAAGCCAGUUCAUUUAUAAUCAGCUCGCUCGCUCGCUCGCUCUCGCGCGCGCGCGAGCGCAACAAUCAAUUAUAUGGCUUCCAUCAUUACUCCUCUCCCGUUGCUUCUCAUUCUCGCCUCCACCGCCGCCGCCGCCGUCUUCCAGCCGUCCCCAUGGUUCCUCGCCCACGCCACUUUUUACGGCGACCAAACAGCUUCCGAAACCAUGGGUGGAGCGUGCGGGUACGGGAACCUGUUUGUGAACGGGUACGGGACGGACACGGCGGCGCUGAGCUCGACGCUGUUUAACAACGGGUAUGCGUGCGGACAAUGUUAUCAGAUUCGGUGCGUGAGCUCGCCGAAUUGCUUCCGCGGGUCUCCGUUCACCACGGUGACGGCAACCAAUCUUUGCCCGCCGAAUUGGGGGGAGGAUUCUAACAAUGGCGGGUGGUGCAAUCCACCGAGGGCGCAUUUCGAUAUGUCCAAGCCGGCGUUCAUGAAGAUCGCCAAUUGGAAGGCAGGCAUUGUUCCGGUGAUGUACCGCAGGGUGCCAUGCAUGAAGAAAGGAGGGCUGAGAUUUCAGUUUCAGGGGAACGGGUACUGGCUGCUGGUGUAUGUUAUGAACGUGGGAGGUGGGGGUGAUAUAAGCGGGAUGUCAGUGAAGGGCAGCAAGACAGGGUGGAUAGCCAUGAGCCACAACUGGGGGGCUUCCUACCAAGCCUUCUCCCGCCUCGGGGGCCAAUCCCUCUCCUUCAGACUCACUUCAUAUACCACUAAGCAGACCAUCGUCGCCUACGACGUCGCUCCUUCUAACUGGAACGUCGGCCUCACUUACCAAGCUAAUGUAAAUUUCACAUGA